GGGCGGCGACUGCGCAGGCGCCACUGGCACCGUGUUGACCAGUCCCUCCGCGCUGGGAUGGCGUUGGCUGGGUCAGCUGGGAGCAGCCGUGGGGCUGGAAGAGGCGACCCAGGAACAACAGCAGCAGUAGCCUUCGAGGGUUCUCCUUCCCUUUAAGCAUGGCUCGGGCAGGAGGUGGCAGAGGAGGAGGAGGAGGAGGAAGGAGAAGAGGAGGAGGGGGGACGAGGAGCGGCUGAGCCAGGCGGGGGUCUGCCGCACUGACAAGGCGCCGAGGACUCCCUCCUUCCCCCCGGCGAAGAUGGAUGGGGGCCCCUGCCCGGGCUUCUCCAGUCUGAAGGAGGUCCAGUGGAGCGCCCUCUCCGUGCCUUUGGACGUGCUGGUCAGCACCUACCGCCUGCCUCAGGUGGUCAAGCCCGACGGCGGCGAACUUAUAGAAGGUCUCAGAGACAGUGAUUACCUUUUGAUUCAUUCUUGCCGACAAUGGACAACCAUUACUGCUCACAGUCUGGAGGAAGGUCAUUACGUCAUAGGGCCAAAGAUAGAAAUUCCUGUUCAUUAUCCCGGGCAGUUUAAGCUGCUGGAACAAGACCGUGAUAUUAAGGAGCCUGUGCAAUAUUUUAACAGUGUGGAGGAGGUGGCUAAAGCAUUUCCUGAACGAGUUUACGUCAUGGAGGAAAUAACGUUCAACGUUAAGGUGGCAUCAGGUGAGUGCAAUGAAGACACAGAGGUCUACAACAUCACACUCUGCACUGGGGAUGAACUAACUUUAAUGGGACAAGCAGAAAUCCUUUAUGCAAAAUCUUCAAAGGAGAAGUCCCGGCUCAACACCAUUUUCAAGAAAAUUGGGAAGCUUAAUUCCAUCAGCAAAUUGGGCAAAGGCAAAAUGCCUUGCCUGAUUUGCAUGAACCACAGGACCAAUGAGAGCAUUAGCCUUCCUUUCCAGUGCAAGGGCAGAUUUAGCACACGCAGCCCUUUAGAGCUACAGAUGCAGGAGGGCGAGCACACAAUUCGCAAUAUAGUAGAAAAAACACGCCUCCCGGUCAACGUGACUGUGCCGUGCCCUCCACCACGAAACCCUUUUGAUUUGCAUUUUGUCCGAGAGGGGCACCGCUACAAAUUUGUGAACAUUCAAACCAAGACUGUUGUGGUUUGCUGCGCGCUGCACAGUAACAAAAUUAUUCCAAUGCACUUCCCUUUGCAUUUGGCUCUUCCAAAGUUCACCCUCCCAGAAAGCCUUGUGAAAGGGGAGGUAUGGCAUGAAUCUUUUGUCAAGCACUGGUUCAGCCUCUGUCAAGAGCAAUUUGACAUAGAUGAGUAUUCACGUGCUGUGAGAGAUGUGAAGGCUGACUGGAAUGAAGACUGCAAAAGCCCGCAGAAAAGUCGGCCUACUAGCCACAAUCAUGUGCCAAACUCCCUCAGUUAUGCUCGAGAUGAAUUGACCCAGUCCUUCCACCGCCUCUCUGUGUGUGUUUAUGGAAACAACCUCCAUGGAAACAGUGAGGUGAACCUUCAUGGAUGCAGGGACUUGUGUAACGAGUGGACUUUGUUCUCUCAUGAUGCUCUGCAAUACCAGGAGGCUGGAGAUGGGAGCAAUGACUACCUUUUCCCUGAAGUUGGUGAAGAAUCAUUAUGUUUACCUAUGAAACCAGAACUUCCUUAUGAAGAACUAUGGCUAGAUCAAGGGGGUGGGAAAAUGAAUGAUCAGCCACUUACUCGUUCACAGAGUGAAAAGAACAAAUGUGACAACUAUAGGAGUUCAUUCCGGUCCAAGUGUGGCACUCCUUGUCUUCCAGCCCCAGGAUCAUUAACAGCAACAUCAAAAUCUUCAGAUGUUGCCCUACCUCCACCACCUGUGCCUCCUAAAUCUGAAGCAGUCAGAGAGGAAUGUAGGCUCCUGAAUGCUCCGCCUGUUCCACCACGCAGCUCAAAGCCAACAUCCACCAGUCCUUCUAUUCCUCCACGGACAAUAAAACCAGCCCGGCAGCAGACACGUUCUCCUAGUCCUACACUCUCAUACUAUUCUUCAGGGUUACACAACAUCAAUGCUGCUGAAGGAGAAGUGGAAAUUCCCACCGAGAGCACUGCAGUCGUGUGUUUUCCAUGCAGCACUGUGAAAGCUGACCUGCAAGAUCUUGGUAGCAAAUUGGCUGUGGAGGACUCUUCUGUUGAUGCUCUGCCCUCUCGACUGUCAUGGCCAAAUCAUUUUUCUGGAGCUUCUGAAGGCCUCAAUAGGAGUGAUUUUCUACUGGAUUCAAACAGGAGCUACAGUUAUCCAAGGCAGAAGACUCCCAGCACACCAAAGAAAAAUUCUCCAGCACCUUUCACCUUUGAUUUCAGCCGAAGUGAACUCCCUACAGGGAAUGCACUGCCAGCUACAGCAGUAGACCUUGACUCUGCUGGGUCUAGUUGUCCAAAGUCAGCAAGUUACUCUCUUGAGUGCACUGAUGAGAAAACUCUGGCAGUAAGUAGCACAUUGCAGUCUCUCUCAUGCCCUGCCUUACCUCCUCGAGCUCCCAAAACAGCGGAUGAGAAGUCAGGUCUUGACUUGCCUCUUAGAAUAGACGGUGCUGAGGAAGAUCCUCAGUCAGGCUCCCCAGACCUUUCUGAAGAUCAAUAUCUAGGGAGAAAGGGAGUGCCAGACAUCUUUUCCAUCUCUUAUCCUUUCUCGUCCCCUCUUCAUCUCCAGCUAGCGCCAAGGUCUUGUGGAGAUGGUUCUCCUUGGCAGCCACCUGUAGACCUAUCUGGACUCUCAGUAGAGGAAGUAUCCAAAUCUCUGAGAUUUAUAGGCUUAUCAGAGGACAUUGUAACAUUUUUUGUUACUGAGAAGAUUGAUGGCAACCUGCUUGUUCAGCUCAAUGAAGAGAUCCUUUCUGAGGACUUUAAGCUAAGCAAACUACAGGUUAAGAAAAUACUGCAAUUCAUUAAUGGCUGGAGGCCUAAAAUGUAGUGCUCUGCUUGUUCAGUGAAAGAGAAGUGUUCUGGAAGCACUGGGACUAACACAAUCUGACAUACUUUUUAGCUUUUGUAGGGAGGGGGUUGCACUAAGAUCCUCCUCCUCCUCUCUUGUCUAAAUAGUAGGAAAAGAAGAAUCUUACUAUGCAGAUAGUUUUGAAUGAUGAGUAAAUGCUUUUGUACAUAGUAGAAAAAUAAAGGUGUGCCUUGCGCAUCCCAAAACAUUGAGCAGCUGCUAAACCAUGGACUUUAAAGGGAAUUUAAUUUUAUAUUCAUACAGUCUAUUAAAAACCUAUAUUUAUUAUUCUGGAUUUAGUCAACCCUGAGUAACACAUAAAUCAGUCUGAUUUUCUAUGUUUCCCAAUGAAGUUACUUAUUUCCUCAUAUUGUUUUUAUUAAUUUUUGUUCUGAUGGCCACAUAACUUGCCUUCUCUGCUGAUUUAUGUGCUAGAAAAUGUCAAUUUCCCCUUCCCACUCUUGUUCUAAAUGUGGGAAUAAGGUUUCUUUUUUUAUAAGAUUCCUGGGUUGGAAUGAAAACCCAUCAUGAACGAACCUAUAUUUGAACCAUACAUACAACAAAGCAAAAUAUUAGUUCUCCUCAAGAUACUGCAGGGCACUAUUUAUUUCACUGCCUACUUAGAAAAUAAAGUUUAGGGGUUGAUGUGGUUGAGGAGAACAGGAGGAGAAUUUGGCUCUUGUGAGAUGCUACUGUCCUGCUUGUAAGUUCAUCUUCUGUUGGGCAUCAAACUGCUGCUGGUUGUGAGGCCGCCCUGAGUCCCCUUCGGGGGUGAGAAGGGUGGGAUAUAAAUAUGGGAAAUAAUCCUUUUUCUCGAUUAUUGUUAUCCUUUUUAGUUGCAUUCCCCUGCUGCUUACUCAUCACUUUGGGGUUAUCAUGAACCAGAAAACAACUGGGUCUACCUUCAAGCAAUAUUUUUGCUCUCCUUCCAGAAAGAUUCAUAGAGGCAAUAUCAGAACCAUUUCAAUAUUGCAUGAGAAAAACAAAACAAUUUUUUUCGCAACCUGGAGAAAGGGAUGUAAUUUGUGAAAAUUCUCUAUAUGUCCAGAUGUCCUACUAAUCUUUCUCUCUUGCACAUACACAUGAUCCCCUGGGUUUGAUUUAGCAUAUUUGCUUAUAGCUUAGAAAUUGGCCCAGUCAAGGCAGGUAGUUUUAUCCAAAUAGUGUUUUCUUACAUGGCAUAAAACAUUUAUAAAAAGAGACACCGUGAAUGGAAAAGUGCCUUGCAAUGCUGGAGAGGAGGGCUCUAAAAUCUAAACAUGAGCUUAAAUAUCCUGUUUUAUCCAGUUUAUUUUUUGAAAAAAUACUCAGCAUUAGCUGAGAAGGGGGAAUGGUUUCAGAGUUUUGCGACUAUUCUAUUUUGACUUAAAUUUUGCUUUCCUGUAUUAUGGUAGCAAGUCUUGAGGCUCUGCCUCUAUAUAAAAAAAUGGUAGGGCUUAAUAACCUUCUUAUUUGUGAAAUGCAUACAAAGUAAGCAUGGUCUAAGAUGGAGUGUUACUUAAGUAGGGAAGACACUGAUGCAUCCAUAUGGUGACUCAUCCUUAGUGUUUUGCAUUGCUUGUGUUUCAGUAAUAAAUAAUUAGGGAAGCACAGUAUCUAAAAUAAUAACCUAAAUUAAAAGCAGUUGCAUUCCAAAAACUACAACUAAACUAAUUAAAAUAAAGUUGAAUGAAAUUUCCUUUUUAUAUAAAAAACCUAAAUGUUUUUAUUUGGAAUAUGCUGUUUUUGAAAUCUUAUAUAGAUUAUUAAGAAGUGGGGUGUAGGGAGACAUGAAAAGUAAAAUCAGGUUGAGCCACAUGCUAUGUAACACAUUUGUCCCAAUAGCCUGGUUUAAUAACUUUUUAGCAAGAUGUUCCAGGCACAUUGUUUACUAAUUCAACAGCUUAUCCAUCAAAGAGUUUAAAAGAUCAGAUUUAAUGUUUUUAUGAACCAUGCCUUGAUGCAAUGUUUCUUUUGUGAUCUUUCAUGAAGCACAGUGUGCUAUAUUGAGGGGAAACCAGAAAAAAAGUUCUGGUAAUUUGGCAAGCAAUUUUAAGUUCCAUUUUUCAUGUCUUUUUUUAAACAGCAUAAGAAAAGCCCUGCUAGAUGAAAUAAAACAUUUGUAUAAUCCAGUAUUUGGUUCACACAAUGCUGCUUAUAGGAAUUUUGCCACCUAUGCACAACUGCUUUCCUUAUUUUUCUCCAUAUUUUCCUCUUAUUCACAUUCAACUGAAAAAGUAUCUAUGUACCCACUCCCUCAAAAUAGGUGGUGCUGAUGGAAAGGCUCUCCAUACCUUUCCGAAUAGAAGUGUUUUGCUCCCUAAAACAACACAUGACUCACUUUUUCAGAGUAUUAGCCUUUUUCAUCUUCUGUCUCUCUCUUUCCUCAUUAUACCUUGAGUUAUGCAGAUAAUUAAUAAAUAGGAUAUUAACUACUUCUUUUUUUAACCCACAACCUUUUCUAUAUAUAUGAUUAGCCUUGUUCUGUCAUUAGCUAGGAUAUCAUAUGAGUUGAGCAGAGGAGAAACCUAUGCAGUACAUCCUAAAAAGUCACCAGAAAUUGUGUUAUGGGAAAGUGAUUCUUCAGCAGAGGAAUUUGAUGCAGAAUAGAUGAAUAUUUAAUUUUCUUCCAACGCAGUCCAAUAAAGUUAUGUAUCUUUUUUCUGUGGUCUGCCAAAUCAUGAUUGCUCUAUGAAUUUCAUGAGGGUAUCUUAGGCAAGAAAUACUCAGAGGUAGUUUUUGCCAUAUUUUUUUCCUGAAAAUAUAGCCUACAGCACUUAGGAUUCAUUGAUGGGCUCCCAUCAAAAUAUUAUCCCUGUUUAGCUUCCAAAAUCAUUCAGGUUAUCAUCCCUUCAGGGUAUUUCAGCCCCUUUGAGACUGUAGGAACAUAUGGUCCAAACCAGUUCUGUUGAGCACCUGUCUAGCAGUGGAAGUAUGUGAAAGCCAAUCUGUAUUUUCAACUGAAUGGUUUGAAUUCUAAAAUAGUUAAUUUAUUAUCAAAGGAAAUGUCCUCAUUUCUACUGCAGACACCUAUGCUUCCUGAAAAAAGUCCUCUCCAGAAGGAUUUGAAGCCCCAGCUGAAUGAUGUGGGGUAUGAGGGGAAGGACAGCAAAGGAGGGGAGAUUCACCUAAAACGUAUCCUAGAGAUACAACCUAUUUCACAGUCUAAGCCAAUGCAUUUUCAACUAUAUUUGGACAUCACAUUGAACCACUGUUAGGAAGGUGAACAUCUGGCAUCAGUCCUUGUUUUAGCAUACUUGGGUGACCGAAUACCUAGAAUUGCCUGCCAUCCAUGCUACCAACACUUACUGUAGAUAAAGAGUUUAGCUAUUCAGCAGUGAGGUGGACACCAUUUUAGAUUUCAUUCUUACGAUAAAGACUGCAGUUGAGAUGUAUGUAUCCAGGGAGUAGGAAUAGGAGGUAAGGUGAGUGACUGCUUAACACCACAGGUGGACUUUUUAUGACAGUGAAAAUAAGGAAAGAGGGGGGAAACAACCUGGUAUGAGGCAAAAGUUGGCUGUCCAUAUUUCCGGGUUUGACUGAUUCAGAUUUUAUUUUUCACAGAUUUGAUUGAAAUAUUCUCUAGGAAUCACUAGAUCCUUCAGUGCAAUUUCUGGCAGAAGUUGACCAUAGAAUUGCACUGAAGGACCAGGAGAUUCCUAGAAGGAAUACCUAUCUAGGAAUCUCUAGGUCCUCCAGUGUGAUUCUGUGGUCAACUUCUGGCGUAAGAUGACCAUCAACCAGUAUUUUUAUUAACUUUUUUUUCACUUUCACAGGACUACCAGAUCCCUAACUCAGCAAAUGUGGAGGGCUGGUUACAUUGCCCUGUGAAUCAUUGUCUUGUGGUUAUAAUGCUUUAGAAAACCAGGCACUAAAGACAAUGCACAGGAAUUUUUAGCACUUAAAAAACAACAGGAUACAGGAUGUCCUCUCCUAAAUGCACCAAAUCUAUGUGUGAGUGACACUGCCUCAAUAUGUUCUGUUGUCUCUGAGGACAUAGUGAAUGCACUUGAAAGGGCAUGCAAGGGGCACGUAUGAGCUAAUCCCACCUGCACAUUGCCACUUAUCUAUCCAAUAAACAUUCUGAACCCAACUGAGUGUAGGAAUGUAAAGAGCAAGCGGUGUUUGUCAGGGGGUGUGAAGAUGCUGAGUAGACCAGCAGCCAAAAAACCACGUCAAACCAACCUUCCAUAUAUUAAUCACAUGAAAUGUGGCGUAGUGUGAAUCCCACUUUUUAUUUCCAUAGCUGAGUAUUUAUAUUUUCACUUUGCCGUUGUUCAACAUGAGUUUCAAAAUGAAUCUGUCUUGCUUCUUUCCAAAAAGAUAAAUAUUUCUAAUGUCCAUCAGAGAAUAAUUAUUGAAAAUAAACAUUCAUAAACAUUUUCUCAUCUUGUAGGGAACACUACACAUGCUUUAAACUCACUCCUAUCCACUUACACAAAGACUCUAAUGUCUUUUCAUUUCUUAAAAUCCAGCAGGGUAUCUCUGGUAGUCUGCUGCAGCAAAAAGAACAGAAUCUUUCUCAUUAUAGUACGUGUUCAUGGUAUAAUAAAUCUGUUCUUUACAAUGCUACUCAUCAUUGGUCUCAUCCCUUAAUAUGUUUGGAAACAUGACUUCUUGCAGGAUCAGAGCUUAAAGUCUGACACUGAUUGCCUAAUGUUUUUCCAGGAUUCAAUUAAAAUAGGAUUCAACACAAGAGUAAACAUCCCCACUGCUAGGCAGCAUUCCUGCUGCUCAUCUUGUUCUUUGAUUUAGAAUUAAAUCUCUGAACUGUUGAAUGAAGUUGGGGCUGUGACAAGACAUAUAACAGGGCUGUCAACAUUAACUGUGCUGGCCCUUGCAUAUAUCCAGAUUAACAAGUGUCUCAUCUUAAAUCUUCUGUCCUGUUUAUGUUGCAUAACUAAUCAAAAUGACAGAACUAGUUGAAGCCAAGCUUACAGCAUUUUGUAGAGACAAAUAUAUGGAAAUAUUUCUGUUUUUAAUCAUUUGGCUCCCAAACUUCUUUAUAUGCAGGACAGUAGCCAUUUAUAUACAUCAACCACACAUCAGCAUUUUCAUUUUGAAGAACAGGGAGCAAAGGAGAAUAAAUGCCACACGUAAUAUAUCUCUAACAACUGGUCUUACACUAUGUGUGAUCAAUCAGAACAAUACAUUGUGAUGUGUUGUGUUCAGUUCUUUUAGAGAUUUUUAGAGUCCUAAUUUCCACUGAGUUCAGUGUAACCCAUUGACACUCUUGGGACUGAACAGUCAAAUGGGAUUUAGCAGAACAUUUUUCCAAGUUUAGAGCCUAAAUGCAACAUUGGGAAACUAUUGAUAAAAGCAAAAUCCUUAAGGGAAUGCUUGCUUCAGUAUAUAAGAAUGCACUUUACAAGUGCAUUUGCAGCCAAGAAAUUGUGGGUUAAACUACUGCAGUAUUAUUUACUUUCUCAUAGACACCUUUUUAUUGUGCUAUAUAUUUUGAUUUCAUAAUGGUAACCAUUUCAUAAGAGGUGAGUAGUAUAGCUCAAUAGACUGGGUCCUAUAUAGUUACUUCCAGGAAGGUCACAGAAUGAGUAGUCCUAUAUCCCUCCUAUCUGUUAUAUAUUUAUGCAAUUUGUUUUAGAUACAAUAGGAGGCAGAGAUGGAUUGACCCAACAGGUUGGGACACUUGACAACAUUCCUGAAAGGAUGUGGGUUCAGUCCCACCUAAAUUGCCUUUCUAGCCUGUCCUUCUCAGUUGUAAUGACAAAAUCUGGGCCAUGAAAACUUUGCCUUAACCACAACCAGCCCAAAAAGUUGUUAAGAGAUCUGAGAAAUGAUCCUCAACUUGUUUUAUUAUCUGCAGUUUCUGGGUAUCUAGGAAUAGGAAUACCAUUUAUAUUGAAGAGCAGGCUGAACCCUGGUGCUAGAGAAUAGGUAAGUGGGAACAGUUUGGCUCUAUUUCUUGAAGUGCUAGCAACAGCAUUCAGAAAAUGUGUAACAGCUAGGGAUCUCUUUUCAACAUGAAGUGAAGUUUUUGAGUGCUAAUUCUGAAAGUGAGUUUCUAAAGUAUUGUUUCAUGUGAUUUAUCUUUUCUUUUAAACAGUCUGUUCGCAAAGUGAGACUACAUAGAAAAUAUUAUAGCAACAGUUAAGGGUUUUUUUUCCAUUUAUAGAUUCAUUUUUACACAAAAGCUAAGUCGGACAUAUGAGGCUCACUAAUAUCUAAGACAAAAGAGAUUUUGAAACCAUAAUCUAGUUUUAAUUCUUAAGUAAAGAAACUCAAUGUGUCUGAUAUAAAACAAUAAAGGCAGAAUUCCAACCACAUUGUUUUCUGGACUGUAUUAAACAAAGCUGCCUUCUGAUGGUUUCCAUGUAUGUCAAAAAGAUAGAUGGGGGUGAAGUCAUUGGCGCAGUGAAUAUAUUCCAUUGUUGAAAGAAAGUGUGCCCUUUCUCUUGUGAAAGUCUGUGCUGGUUUGAACAUCUUUGUUAGAAGUUUAGGAGUGAGGAACAUUUAUUUAAAGCAGAAGCAAAUAAAUAACAAAAUAAUGUAUAUGAACAAAUGUCGAUGGUGUAUUGUACGUAUAUAACUGUAUAUUAAAGAUAUUAUUUUCAUGAUA